UUAUUCCUAAUCCUUCUCCUCUCCUAUUAUGACAUCUUCCUCUCUCCUCCACUUCCCUUUCUCCUUUUUCCUUCCCCCACCCCUAAUCUCUGGCUGCUGCCUCCGCCCAGCCCACUCCAGCCCAUCUCCUCCUUCCCUCCCUCCCUCCCUCUCCUCAGCUGUGGAGUUAAUCCAGUCUCCCUUUGUGUCUGGCGUGGAGUGGGAUGAGGUCUUGCUGUGGUCCCCGCUCUCAGGUGUGCCCUCCGAGUGUCGCUUCUGAUGCAUCCAAAAAGUGCCUGACAGAAGCUUUCUGUGGUAAAAGCUGAGACUGAAGGACUUGGCAUCAGUAGCCCUGGGACUUUGUGAAGCCAAUCACUUCAAAAAUGGCAGAUAAUAAAGAAAGGAAUACUAAAAAUACAGACGUAAGACCUAAAACCAGCCGGAGUAGAAGCGCAGACAGAAAGGAUGGCUAUGUCUGGAGUGGAAAGAAGCUUUCCUGGUCCAAAAGGAGUGAGAACAGUUCUGAUGCUGAAAUGGCCAACACCUCAGGAAAAUCUACAUUUGGUUUAAGGAACCAGGAGAGGAAGCACAGCUGUUCAUCAACUGAGCUGGACUUAGAACGUUCAUGCGGUCACAGGUUGUUAGGCCGAUCUCUUAAGCAGAAACUGCAGGAUGCUAUGGGACAGUGUUUCCCUAUCAAGAAUUGUAGCAGUCGGCAUUCUUCAGUGCUUCCAUCAAAGAGAAAAAUACAUAUCAGCGAACUUAUGCUGGACAAGUGUCCUUUUCCACCCCGAUCCGAGCUGGCAUUUCGGUGGCAUUUAAUCAAACGGCACACAGCCCCUGUAAAGCAAAAAUCCGAAAGUUGGCUAAGCAUGGCGUCCUCACAAGGCGAAGGAGAGGAACUGCAGGAAGUUGAGAGUGCCAAUGGAGGAGGCUCCACUGUUUUGCAGGCAUGCGACCUUGCUGAUAAUGCUGCUUGUCGGUGUGAUCCUCGGAGUGACUCUGCUGCAAAUAAGCAAGUAAAUAGUAGCCAAGAGGAAAGUGACAUGGACUCUGAUGAUGAAGUGGUGACACUUUGUACUAGUUCCAGGAAGAGAAACAAGCCACGGUGGGAAACGGACGAUGAGCUGCUACAACUGGAAACUCCUCCUAAAUAUCACACCCAGAUUGAUUAUGUGCAUUGUCUUGUCCCUGACCUCCUUCAGAUCAAUAAUAAUCCAUGCUAUUGGGGAGUGAUGGAUAAAUAUGCCGCAGAAGCACUUCUAGAUGGAAAGCCAGAAGGGACAUUUUUGCUACGAGACUCCGCCCAGGAAGAUUACUUGUUCUCUGUUAGUUUUAGACGUUACAGCCGUUCCCUUCAUGCCAGGAUUGAGCAGUGGAAUCACAACUUCAGCUUUGAUGCUCAUGACCCCUGUGUCUUCCAUUCUCCUGACAUUACUGGUCUCUUAGAACAUUACAAAGAUCCGAGCUCUUGUAUGUUUUUUGAGCCACUCCUCUCUACUCCCUUAAAUAGGACUUUCCCGUUUUCUCUUCAACAUAUAUGCAGGACUGUUAUUUGUAACUGUACAACUUAUGAUGGUAUAGACGCCCUCCCAAUUCCUCCAUCUGUGAAGUUAUACCUGAAAGAAUAUCAUUAUAAGUCAAAAGUUAGAGUCCUCAGGAUUGACAUACCAGAACAACAAAGCUAGAAUACAUUUUGAGAAUUUUCUGUUAAUUGGACUCUGGAAGGAAAGUCUGUCUUUUCUCUUUAAUAGCCCCCCGCCCCAGUUAUUUAUACUCCAAACUGAACUCUGUCUGAGCCUUAUGGUCCGAAAUAGAUUUAUAUUCCCUUGCCCUAACAGGCAGAUUUUUUUAGUGAAGACACAAUCUGUGGUUUUAUUGGUAAUAAUAUUCUAUAGGGUUUUAUGGACUCUCAAGUAGGGUUUUUUAGUUUUCACUCAAGGCUAAUCUUUUAGAUUUUAAGCUAAGUCAAAAUGGAAUUUGACUUGUCUUUUACAUACUGUGAUUUAUAUAAGGUACAGGCAUGUUUGUAACACUGUAUGCAACGGCUACUCAGCAGUGACGAAUUUGUAUUUUAUACCUUUCUUUGAAAGUGAGAACUUUGUUCGAGCUAUAAAAAGUAAAAUUAACAAGC